GGCAGAGGUAGAGGCACCGAAAGACAGACUCUAAGGUUCCUGAUGAAAUCUGUCUCGGCCAACACAAAUGGGAGGGCACGGUGGUGGAGGGGGGGCACCCAAGCUAGGGUGUGAGUGCCCUAAGUGUAUUCUUCUGAGACGUAAACCAUUUCACUAACUCUUGAAGCAGCUACAGUUUCCCAGUGGGAAGGCCCCGCCAGGUUCAUUGCGCUUCCCUUAAUAAAGCCUCUGAGAUCUUCCUGAACAUUCCCUUCUGUCUCUGCCCUCUGUUACUUCCAGAGACCAUGUGCCCAGGCAGAUGGAAUCCUCCUGGGCCUGAGAGGAACUGCAGGAAUUCUCCUGCCUCUUACCUGUGAAACCCCAACUUCUCUAGCCCUAGGUCAGGAAGUUCCAAACAAUUUCUACCCCUCUUUCUGCAAUUCUCAUUGGGGUGAGAGGAGGCCCUGGAGGAGAGAGAGCUGGGGUCAGCUUCUUUUUGAGCUGCUGGAGCCCUCUGUGAGGAGGCCCUCUUUGCUGGCUUCUCAGGAGAGUGUGGCUAGGUUCUGCCUGCCUAUGGGGAGACGGGCCAGGGUGUGUGCAGCAAGAUGGUGGCGGUGCUGGUGCCUUGGGACCUGGGGGAAUGGGACAGCUGGUCGGUUCAGAGAUGGCCUACUUUACUCACAGCUGGAAUUUAGUGGGGAGAAGCAGCUCAACUCCAAUCCUGGAGGAUUAGGGAGAUUAAAGUGAGAGAAGAGAGAGAUGUCCCAGAGACCAAGAGCUCCCAGGUCAGCCCUCUGGCUCCUGGCACCCCCGCUGCUGCGGUGGGCACCCCCCCUCCUCACAGUGCUGCAUAGCGACCUCUUCCAGGCCUUGCUGGACAUCCUGGACUAUUAUGAGGCUUCCCUCUCAGAGAGUCAGAAAUACCGCUACCAAGAUGAAGACACGCCCCCUCUGGAGCACAGCCCGGCCCACCUCCCCAACCAGGCCAAUUCUCCCCCUGUGAUUGUCAACACAGAUACCCUAGAAGCCCCAGGAUAUGUGAACGGGACCGAGGGGGAGAUGGAAUACGAGGAAAUCACAUUGGAAAGGGGUAACUCAGGUCUGGGCUUCAGCAUCGCAGGUGGCACUGACAACCCACACAUCGGUGACGACCCGUCCAUUUUCAUCACCAAGAUCAUUCCUGGUGGGGCUGCGGCCCAGGAUGGCCGCCUCAGGGUCAACGACAGCAUCCUGUUUGUAAAUGAAGUGGAUGUGCGCGAGGUGACCCACUCGGCAGCGGUGGAGGCCCUCAAAGAGGCAGGCUCCAUCGUUCGCCUCUAUGUCAUGCGCCGGAAGCCCCCAGCUGAGAAGGUCAUGGAGAUCAAGCUCAUCAAGGGGCCUAAAGGUCUUGGCUUCAGCAUCGCAGGGGGCGUAGGGAACCAGCACAUCCCAGGAGAUAAUAGCAUCUAUGUAACAAAGAUCAUCGAAGGGGGUGCUGCCCACAAGGAUGGGAGGUUGCAGAUUGGAGACAAGAUCCUGGCGGUCAACAGUGUGGGGCUAGAGGAUGUCAUGCAUGAAGAUGCUGUGGCAGCCCUGAAGAACACGUAUGAUGUUGUCUACCUAAAGGUGGCCAAGCCCAGCAAUGCCUACCUGAGUGACAGCUAUGCUCCCCCAGACAUCACAACCUCUUAUUCUCAGCACCUGGACAACGAGAUCAGUCACAGCAGCUACCUGGGCACCGAUUACCCCACAGCCAUGACCCCCACUUCCCCUCGGCGCUACUCCCCAGUGGCCAAGGACCUGCUCGGGGAGGAAGACAUUCCCCGAGAACCGAGGCGAAUUGUGAUCCACCGGGGCUCCACGGGCCUGGGCUUCAACAUCGUGGGUGGCGAGGACGGUGAAGGCAUCUUCAUCUCCUUUAUCCUGGCCGGGGGCCCUGCAGACCUCAGUGGGGAGCUGCGGAAGGGGGACCAGAUCCUGUCGGUCAACGGUGUUGACCUCCGAAAUGCCAGCCACGAGCAGGCCGCCAUUGCCCUGAAGAAUGCAGGUCAGACGGUCACGAUCAUCGCUCAGUAUAAACCAGAAGAGUACAGCCGAUUCGAGGCCAAGAUCCACGACCUCCGGGAACAGCUCAUGAACAGCAGCCUGGGCUCAGGGACUGCCUCCCUGCGGAGCAACCCCAAAAGGGGUUUCUACAUCAGGGCCCUGUUUGAUUACGACAAGACCAAGGACUGCGGCUUCCUGAGCCAGGCCCUGAGCUUCCGCUUUGGGGACGUGCUGCAUGUCAUCGAUGCUAGUGAUGAGGAGUGGUGGCAGGCACGGCGGGUCCACUCUGACAGUGAGACCGACGACAUUGGGUUCAUCCCCAGCAAACGGCGGGUUGAGCGACGAGAGUGGUCAAGGUUAAAGGCCAAGGACUGGGGCUCCAGCUCUGGAUCACAGGGUCGAGAAGACUCGGUUCUGAGCUACGAGACAGUGACGCAGAUGGAAGUGCACUAUGCUCGCCCCAUCAUCAUCCUUGGGCCCACCAAGGACCGCGCCAACGAUGAUCUUCUCUCCGAGUUCCCCGACAAGUUUGGAUCCUGUGUUCCCCAUACGACACGGCCCAAGCGGGAGUAUGAGAUAGAUGGCCGGGAUUACCACUUUGUGUCGUCUCGGGAGAAAAUGGAGAAGGACAUUCAGGCGCACAAGUUCAUUGAGGCCGGCCAGUACAACAGCCACCUCUAUGGGACCAGCGUUCAGUCCGUGCGAGAGGUGGCAGAGCAGGGGAAGCACUGCAUCCUCGAUGUCUCGGCCAAUGCCGUGCGGCGGCUGCAGGCGGCCCACCUGCACCCCAUCGCCAUCUUCAUUCGCCCCCGCUCCCUGGAGAAUGUGCUAGAGAUUAACAAGCGGAUCACAGAGGAGCAAGCCCGCAAAGCCUUCGACAGAGCCACCAAGCUGGAGCAGGAGUUCACAGAGUGCUUCUCAGCCAUCGUGGAGGGUGACAGCUUUGAGGAGAUCUACCACAAGGUGAAGCGUGUCAUCGAGGACCUCUCAGGCCCCUACAUCUGGGUUCCAGCCCGAGAGAGACUCUGAUUCCUGCCCUGGCUUGGCCUGGACUCGCCCUGCCUCCAUCACCUGGGCCCUUGGUCUGGACUGAAUCGCCCAAGCCCUUGGCUCCCCCCGGCCUCCCUCCCACCCCUUCUUAUUUAUUUCCUUUCUAACUGGAUCCAGCCUAUUGGAGGGGGGACACUCCUCUGCAUGUAUCCCCGUACCCCAGAACUGGGCUCCUGAAUGCCAGGAACCUGGGGUCUGGGGGGGGAGCUGGGCUCCUGGUUCCGAGCCCUUGCUCCUUAGGAUCCCCGCCCCCGCCCGCCCCCAAUGCACACACAGACCCACCGGGGGCCACCUGCCCUCCCCCAUCUUCUCCCACACACAUUCCAGAAGUCAGGGCCCCCUCGAGGAGCACCCGCUGCAGGGAUGCAGGGCCACAGGCCUCCGCUCUCUCCUGAGGCAGGGUCUGGGGUCACCCCUGCCCUCAUCGUAAUUCCCCAUGUCCCUUGAUUUCUCAUUUAUUUUUUCCACUUUUUUUCUUCUCAAAGGUGGUUUUUUGGGGGGAGAAGCAGGGGACUCCACCGUGGGCCCCUGCCUUCCACACGCCCCCACCUUUUUUCUUUGCCGGUUUGCAUGAGUGGAAGGUCUAAAUGUGGCUUUUUUUUUUUUUUUUUUUCCUGGGAAUUUUUUUUGGGGAAAAGGGAGGGAUGGGUCUAGGGAGUGGGAAAUGCGGGAGGGAGGGUGGGGGGCAGGGGUCGGGGGUCGGGCGUCCGGGAGCCAGGGAAGACUGGAAAUGCUGCCGCCUUCUGCAAUUUAUUUAUUUUUUCUUUUGAGAGAGUGAAAGGAAGAGACAGAUACUUGAAA